GCAGACGCUGUUUUAUGUCGUUCGACUAGGAUUGUUGCAGUGACCGUACGCUACUUGUUCUGGGGAUGAACGGGUUUCAAAGUUAUUUCUCUCCCCUGGUUCUAGGUAGAUCUCCUUGUGGAUCUAGGUGCGGCUCUAGCAGAUGAGCAGUCAGUUGCUACUGCAGAUACUGCGAUUCACGUUCGGAAUGCUUCUCGAAAUGCUAGUCGGACAGAACGACAGCGAGGAGCUUCUCCUAGCGCUCUGCAGCUUGUUGCCUAGUAUUGAGGUGAAUUGCACUUUAGCCUUCACAGCUACCAGAAUCUCACACUCAAACGCAGAGCUUAGGUGGCAGAGCCGAGGAAAUCUUCCGAAUAGUCCUUGUUCUUGACCAGUACAUCGGCGUAGGCAGUCAGGGUGCAGAUGGGCAGACGGAUAGGUUCUACGAUUCCCCGGAAGCAGUAUAUCAUCUGCUGAAGACAAAGCAGGCGGAUGUAUCGGAGGGACAACGUAGCAUGUUGAGCUCCACUGCCAUCCUCCUAAAUAUCUGUUCUCGCCUCCUCGCUACCUUCGACAAAACUCUUCCCGCAGCUGUUGACGAGGAAAGCGAGGGUUGUUUGGAUCGUCUAUGGGCAAGAAUUCUCAGCACCGUGUUCAGGCUUGCGCAACUUGUCGAAAACGACUUGCGUGUCAACACUGAUGGAUAUAAGAGGGCGAAGGAGUUACUCGCAUUGCUCUGUUCAAUAUUGACAAAUACUGUCGAUCUCCAAAGACGAAACGCAUCUGCCAUGGUCACUGCAAGUGAAGGUUAUAGCGCAGAGCGACAAUGGAUUUGCCUGUUGCUUGCUGUGUGGGUCCGUGUGGCCACAGUUUUCUGGUCUGCAGAGGACAUUUGCGCAGAAGCGCCGUGGCCGAGCCUUGUAAAAUGCGCUGCUGAAAUUAUUUCGAGACUCGCCGUUUUCGAGGGGGUUAGAGAGCGGGGUCGAGAAAGCUGUAAGCAAGCGGCUGAACUUCUGUGCAGAGAAAAGGCAAAUUUCAGAAGAACGCUUGUGUUAUGUAGCCUUAUUCCUCGAAUCAUCGCCUCUAACAACGGAAACUGGCAGACUAAGAAAGAAACAUCAUAUCUGGAACAACUGACAUGCGUGCUCAGCUUUAUCAUCAAUCCCAUCAUCGGAGAGCAAGGAGACGCCGCGCCUCUUCUCACCAAGCUCGAGGUUCACGAUGGAGUGCAGUCUCUCAUUCUCCGCCUAGUAAAACCAGACCAGAAGUCUCUGGUCCAGCCCUUUUCAGACCUCGCCACCUGCUGUGCAGCAGCCCUUGUUUUCGUCCACUAUGUUCAAGGCGUGGUUUCGUCAUCAGACAGAGCGUUUAUCGAUCCGACUGCUUGGAAGGACAGAAAUACGACUCUGGAUACCGACGGCGCAGCAUCCCUUCAGCGUUCCUCUGAAAUUUUGCCUUGGGAAGCGACGCUGCUGCGACUGUUGUCGUGUCCCGAAGACAAGAACAGAAGAAUCCAUUCACGCUUCCAAUUUUGCGCGGCAGCUCGCUUGGUGUCCGAUCCGUCUAGCUGCUUCACAAUCCUUCGACAGCAACUCCUAAGGUCAACAGAACACUUUACGUAUGACGAAUGGCGUUUUUGGCACGACGAUGAGAGACAGGGACACUUUGAAAAGGUUAUUACUCUCUUGCUUGGUUCAGAAGAAAGCCAAACUACAGGAGAGCAAGAUUUCCAACUACUAACGAGCUUUGCUGAGCUCCUCCUUCUCUUUGACCUUCAAACUCACCAGACUAAACACUCAAGCACUCUUUCACAAAUAAUAUCUAGGAACAAAGCACUGGUCACUGUCCUAGUCUCGCGGGACUCGGCUAUUGCGACUGGGACUGCAGCAUGGCUUUUGUGUCACAUCUCGAACAGGCCAGAUGCUGAUCCCCCACUCGUCCGAAGUUCUCUUAUUCUGCGCCUGCUCGACUCACUAUUCGACACGAGCCAACGCACUACAAACACCGUGCCCUCAGUGUGCUCUUUUCCUUUCGCUGUUGACUACCUAACGACAAUUCUGAAGCGUCGUUCUGCUUUCGACGAAGCGGACACGAUCGAGUUGGCCUAUCGUACAAUAAAGAUAGCAAAACUAGCCUGCGAGAGCAUUCUCCCCACCCCGGCGGGCCAAGAGCAUCCCAAGAUGCUACGAAGUGUAACAUGCUUGUCGGUGAAUCUGAUCUGCUACUGCCGCAAACAAGGUCACAGCAACUGCUUGAACAUCUUGCGCACGGCUACAUCACUGCACCGUCUACUACAAAUCAUCAUAUGCCCACCAGCAAGUCCAUUUGACGCAGAAACAGUGGCGCUAGCAUUGUUCUGCGUGAGCUUCCUAGUGCUUCCUGUCGGGAGCUCAGAGAAGAGCUCCAGGAUGUGGUCUUUCAUCGAACCCCCCCAACCCUUACGACGAUUUGUGCUGGAUCCAAAUUCGUACGAUAAGGACGACAACAGACCGUCGCUAAAUUCUAGUUUUUGGGCAACGCUGGUCAAUCACACCGAUAAUCAUGUCCGCGCUGCUGCCGCAUCAGUGCUAUCGGGCUACUUCCUCACGGAAGCAAAACCGGACGCACAAGCGGAUGACAUCCUCGCCGUAAUCAUGAGCGCAGUCGAUGGAGUAUUUCAGGACCUUGACGACACGGAGACCGUGGACCUCUUGAUUACCUUGCUCAACGCCGUUUUUCUAAGCAAUGCUUGCGACAUACUCGCCCGCACAUGCUUUCUUCACUCUGUAUUUUCGUUGGCUAUUAUGUUCGACGUCGCCGUACUUCCAAUUCCGUUCGCUGGAACCGGCACAGAUGAUUCUCACGCAUGCCGCACCGUGGCUCACGCACCACGUGUACUGUUCUGCUGUAUAUUGCUUGAAGCGUUGCCUUGCUGGUUCGAUCCUAGGUUGCUUCUAGACAUUGAAGUUGUUAAAAACCUCCUUCGUGAACUUCGUGCCGCCCCCCCGAAUUCCCCGGCUAGGGCAUGCCUUCUUCGACUGAUCAACAAACUGGAAUACCUAGACAACGCCUGGGAGCUUUCUGAAGAAGAAAAGUCCGUGACGGGCUCCAUCGUGACCCGGGCGAAAGAGGCGAUGUCCGUGCUCGUGCCCGAUCGGCAUUUCGAGAAAACGACAGCAGGUGUCGAUGAAUUGUCUGACCUUUCAAAUCUCGUCAGAGAUAUUGUCCUCUCAAAUCUCGUUCCUACCGAACUUAAGUCGCUUUGAAACUCGUAUGAAGCUACCUCUCAUGACACGAUCUGUUCUAGCAUGUCGGUAUUGACAGUGUCAGUACGUAUCUGAGAAGGAACAGUGUUACCGAAGAUACUGUUAUGUGCACAGAGUACCACUCUGCGAGUCUUAACUUAAAUGUACCGCGUCUGCGAGCAUGAUAGACACCAAUAUAACUUUGAGAACGCUUCGAUUUAGUUCUGACAUAGACAACAGAAGA